AUGACAAUGGAUUACUUGCUGUGGGUGUGCAGCCUCGUCGUCCCCGUGGUGCUGGCUGUGGAAGAAACCCUUAUGGACAGUCGGUGGGCAACCACAGAGCUGGCUUGGACCACGUUCCCAGAGAGUGGGUGGGAGGAGGUGAGCGGCUACGAUGACUCCAUGAGCCCAAUCAGAACCUACCAGGUGUGUAAUGUCAGACAGCCCAACCAGAACAACUGGCUGAGGACGGACUUUAUCCCCCGGAAGGGAGUGUUGCGCGUGUACGUGGAGCUCAAGUUCUCUGUCCGUGACUGCGCCAGCAUCCCCAACAUCCCCGGCUCCUGCAAAGAGACCUUUAAUCUGUUUUACUAUGAGUCAGAGGGGGACACAGCCACAGACACCAGCCCUUUGUGGAGGGAGAACCCCUAUGUGAAGGUGGAUACUAUUGCCCCGGAUGAGAGUUUCUCUCUGCUGGAGGCAGGCAGGAUCAACACCAAAGUGCGCAGCUUUGGCCCCCUCUCCAAGGCCGGCUUCUACCUGGCGUUCCAGGACCUGGGCGCCUGCAUGUCUCUCAUCUCAGUCAGGGUUUUCUUCAAGAAGUGCUCCACCACCAUCGCUAAUUUCGCCGUCUUCCCUGAGACUGCCACUGGGGCAGAAGCCACUUCCUUAGUGAUCGCUCCGGGGGCCUGUGUGACCAAUGCCAUGGAGGUGUCCGUCCCUCUGAAGCUGUACUGCAACGGGGACGGCGAGUGGAUGGUUCCUGUGGGUUCCUGCACCUGCGUCGCUGGCUUUGAACCUUCUGCAGACAGCACUCAGUGCCAGGCUUGCAUCCCCGGAACCUUCAAAUCCAAAUUCGGGGAGGGAUCCUGCGCUCCCUGCCCGUCCAACAGUCGCACCAGUGCACGAGGAACCAAUAUUUGUUCCUGCCAGAAUGGCUUCUACCGUGCUGACAGCGACCCUCCUGACUCUGCCUGCACCACUAUCCCCUCAGCGCCGCGCAAUGUUAUAUCCAGCGUGAACGAGACCUCGCUGUCCUUGGAGUGGGAGGAGCCCGAGGACACAGGCGGGAGGAGCGACCUGGUCUAUAACGUGGUGUGUAAGAAAUGCCUGAGAGACCGGAGCCCCUGCACGCGCUGCGACGACAACGUGGACAUCGCCCCUCGCAGGUUGGGGCUGAGGCAGAGGAAGGUGGUGGUGAGGAACCUGCAGGCUCACACGCGCUACAGCUUCGAGGUGCAGGCUGUCAACGGGGUUUCUGGGAAAAACCCCACCUCACCCAGCUACUCCACAGUCAACAUCACCACCAACCAAGCCGCGCCUUCAGCAGUGCCCACCGUCCAUCUGAUGCGCUCCACCUCAGACACUCUCAGCCUGUCGUGGCUGCCGCCCGAGAAACCAAACGGGGUCAUCCUCGACUAUGAGAUUAAAUACCAUGAGAGGGUAAGCUCUGACUUUUUAUCUGCGAUGUCGCACACCGUAACAGCCCAGCACAGCUCAGCUAAGGUGGAGGGUCUGAGGGCUGCAACGCCCUAUGUGGUGCAGGUCAGAGCUCGCACUGUUGCCGGAUACGGACGCUACAGCAACCCCAUGGACUUCAGCACCAGCCUACACAGUGACCCUCAGAAGUCGGUGCAGGACCAGCUGCCUCUCAUCAUCGGCUCGGCCUCUGCAGGUCUGGUGGUCAUUGUUGCCUUGGUGGUUAUCGCUGUUGUCUGCCUUAAGAAGCAGCGCAGCGGCUCAGAGCUGGAAUACACCGAGAAACUGCAGCAAUACAGUAAGCUUUCUCCAGGGGUCAAAGUGUACAUUGACCCUUUCACCUACGAGGACCCCAACGACGCCGUCCACGAGUUUGCCAAAGAGAUAGACAUCUCCUGUGUGAAAAUAGAAGAAGUCAUCGGUGCAGGUGAAUUCGGCGAAGUGUGUCGCGGGCGUCUCAAGCAGCCCGGUCGCAGGGAGAUGGUGGUGGCGAUUAAGACGCUGAAGGCAGGCUACACCGAGCGCCAGAGGCGGGACUUCCUCGGCGAGGCCUCGAUCAUGGGCCAGUUCGACCACCCCAACGUGAUCCGGCUGGAAGGCGUUCUGACGCGAAGCUGCCCCGUCCUCAUCAUCACCGAAUUCAUGGAGAACGGAGCACUCGAUUCCUUCCUCAGGCUGAAUGACGGACGCUUCACGAUGACACAGCUGGUCGGGAUGCUGCGUGGCAUCGCUGCGGGGAUGAAGUACCUGUCAGACAUGAACUAUGUUCACCGAGACCUCGCCGCCCGCAAUAUCCUGGUCAACAGCAACUUGGUCUGCAAGGUCUCUGACUUCGGCCUGUCGCGUUUCCUUGACGACACCUCAGCUGACCCCACUUACACAAGCUCCCUGGGAGGGAAGAUUCCCAUCCGGUGGACGGCACCAGAGGCCAUCGCCUUCAGGAAGUUCACCUCUGCCAGUGAUGUGUGGAGUUACGGCAUCGUCAUGUGGGAAGUGGUGUCCUAUGGAGAGAGACCAUACUGGGACAUGAGCAACCAGGAUGUCAUGACGGCAGUAGAGCAGGACUACCGGCUGCCCCCGCCCAUGGACUGUCCCAUGGUGCUGCAUCAGCUGAUGCUGGAGUGCUGGAUGAAGGAGAGGAACCUGAGGCCCAAGUUCUCGCGCAUCGUCAGCACCCUGGACAAGCUGCUCCGCAAUGCCGCCAGCCUCAAGGUGGUGACCAGCACCAACUCAGGGUGA